AUGGUGAAAGAAACAACGUUUUACGGUAAGUCAUCUACAUCUGCUUUCAUUCAUUCCUUUUAAUUGAAAAUUUGUUCCAAAUCCUUUCUACAAAGCCAGAUUGUUUGCUGGCCGGGUGUUACAUGACAACCACAUGUGCCGGGUUGAACAUCGAUCGACUGCUUUAUUCCGAUUUUGUAAUUUCUUUCUCAGAUAUUCUCGAUGUUUCGCCGAGUGCUACCCCGAGUGAAUUAAAAAAGGCUUAUCGCAAGCUUGCCUUGAAGUACCACCCAGACAAAAAUCCGGACGCCGGAGACAAGGUAUGUAUGCUCUCAGUAGUUUUAAAAACCCUCGUCCUCAGUUUCGCUUUCGGCGUCCAUAGAAAGUGAAUUUCUCGGUAAUCGCUGUGUUUUUUAAAGGAAUUAUGCCCCUCGGACUCUCUAUCGCAUUACAGGACACGAGUUCUGUAUCUUACAGAUAGUACUGUGGUCUUUGCUUGCGUAGAUUAUUUAUAGAGAUUGCAUGCAAAGAUAAUUUUUUUGUGAUGCAACUAAACGUUAGCAGGGAAGUCAUUUUACUACCUUUUUGUUUAAGUUUAUGUACACUGUAAUCUUGCUAUAUUAUCCUUCUAAAUCUUCCUAAUCCGUAGUACCAAUGGUUGUAAAUCCUUGAAUUAAACAGUAAUUCAGAAAAUGCUAAAAUACGUCUUACAGUGUGAAUGCCUGGAAUUAUGGCAUAGUUACGUAAAUGAGUGGAAUGAUCAAGUUUCACGAUAAACUGGAAGUAGUUCAAAAAUUUUUACUGCAAAACUUUAGUCAGCAUUUAUUUCGGGUGCUUUGCCUGUUCCAUAUUUUCACUUUUCCUUUAUAAAUUAUAUGGUUAAUGAUAAUGCAAUAAUAAUAAUAUUCUGUGAGGAUUUCUGGAAAAAAUAUUGUUGUCAUAUUCUGGGUUCUAUUCGUAUAACAUUAACUCCCUAGGGAUGAGCAUCCUUAGCAGAAUAGUAGUAGGGAUCCGUUUUUAAAGAAACCAAUAAAGAAUGUGGUGGGUAGGAAAGGUUUUUUUUUUUUUCAAAGGGCUCUGGCAAAAAAGUGACCUGGUAGGAAUCUGCUCAGCCACAGUGGGGGUUCAGAAAAAAAUGGAAGUCCCUUCUUUUUUUGUGGGUUCCAAGUUUUGUACUUCUUGCAUUUGUUUCAUAGCUGGCGAAAAUAAGUUCUCAUGAAAGAAAGAAAAAUGAACUUCCCUCAGUCACUAUAAGUACAAGAACACAGAGCUACAUCUGUUGGUGAAGUGUUAAAUCUCUACAUUUGCAUAAAAGUUCAGCUAUCUCAUAACAAGCAUCUCAUGCAAGAAGUGCGUCAACUGGUCUUUUCAAUGAUAUUAAUAACAUUAUUAAACCUUGAUUCAUAGUUUAAGCAGAUAUCCCAUGCUUAUGAAGUCCUAUCAGAUGAGAGGAAACGACAAAUUUAUGAUGAAGGAGGAGAGGAAGCUCUUAGUGGAGGAGGUGAUAUGGGGGGAUUUCAUUCGCCUAUGGAUAUCUUCGACAUGUUCUUUGGAACUGGGCAUGGUCGGCAUAGAGGGAGACAAGAAAGAAAGGGCAAGGAUAUGAUUCACCAGCUCAAGGUAAUGUUUAAACCCUUAAUAUGUGUACAUCAAUACACAAUAUUCUCCCAGUUUUCUUGAGAUGCAUUUCUAAAUUAUAAAGAUUUCAUGGUUAAAUAAUUUAUUAACUAUUUGAAUCUUUAUUAAUCAUUUCCUUUAUUAAUAAUAUAGUUUUUUAUAGCUGUUAUUAGAUUAGAGAAUGAUAUUAAAAUAAAAUAAUUAAUAUCAAUAAUUAUCAAUAUUAAUAAUUGUUAUUGUUGUGCUCUAUAUUGUGGCAGGUUUCUCUUGAAGACUUGUACAAUGGGACAACAAGGCAGUUGGCCCUGCAGAAAAAUGUUAUUUGUGCCAAGUGCGAGGGACGAGGAGGAAAGAAGGUGGGUGCUGUUAAUCACUUUUUGGUUAUUUUACUUUAUUUUAAUACUAUUACCUUCCCCUGUAGAGAACAAAACAACUUGAUAAAACGUUAGACAUAACAAAUGUAAGAAGGUUAGGUAUGAUUGUCUGGGCGAACGUAGUCCUGAAUAGGACUGUUGUUGUUGACAGUGACUAAUGUUUCGACAACAUGUGCAGUAGUCAUCUUCAGAAUCAAAGUGAUUUGUAUCAUGUCGGUUGAUGGUAUUAAACUCUGGUUAUUGACCUGAUUGGUCAGUUAAGUCACAAUGUUAUUUGUCGUCUGUAAGUUAAGCCGUGAUGUCAUUGGCUAUGAAGACUCAUAAUAACAAAUGUAGUGACCAUAAAAAAAGAAGAUUGAUGAUAGGGACACCACAAUGGCUAACAGGCCUGUCACUAAGAGCCAGGGACUGGGGAUUUCCCUGGCUUUCCUAUGCAUGACCCCCAGCUAAUUUCAUAGGAAACUAAGGGGAGGUAAAACCAAAGGAAUAUUUUAACUGUUCAAUUCCCCACUUAUUAAUUCUUGCAUUUACAUGUACAUUGCAACUUGAUUUCUUAAGGUCGGAGCUGUACACUACUACGUGAUAAGUUGCAGCAACUUGUCAGACUUAACACCGUGUGUGUACUGGAGAAUUUCUGUGAAAUCAUUGUCUUCCCAACGGAAUUUUGUCAUGGCAAUAAGUCACCCAAAAUCAAAUCAGAUCGAUAGGUUCAGUUUGUUGUGGUAGCAAAUUCUGUUGCCAAGACAAAGGUUUUUACACAUGAGGCAAUUUGUUGUUGCAACGUGUCACACAACUUGUCACUUGACCUCUACCUAAAGAGUGAUUUAUCACUGUGAUAAGUUGCAGCGACGUGUCGCUUAGUGUGUCCCAAUCUUCAGUGACAGCCCUGGUUGAGGUCAAUUACAACAAGCCCAAAUAUGAACUAAAACGGUAUUUAUAACUAAUCAGAAGCACUACUUAGAUCUGGGUAGUCUGGGGUUGUUCCUCAGAUGUUGUUUGCAUUGCAAAAUGUCUGCUAUUUUCUCAGGCUAUGAACUAUGAUGUCAGUCAGCUUUUUUUCUGAUGGUUAUGUCACGUUACAUCUACCUUUUUGUAAUUUCCAGGGUUCUGUUGUAACAUGCAAUACCUGUCAUGGUAGUGGGAUGUAUAUCAGAAUCCACCAGAUUGGACCAGGAAUGGUGCAGCAAAUUCAUACACAGUGUAGAGACUGCGGUGGCAGUGGGGAGCGAAUACCAGGUAAUAUUACAUUUUCUGGCUGCAGCUCUAGAGGCAUGGCUGAGGUGGUUCAAUUUUGUUUCUGGUUCAGAUUUUAUUUAUAAUUAUUUUAUUAUUAUUUUUUUGUUUUUAACUCAACAUACAUUACCAUUCCCACAAACAAAGGCAAAUAAAACAGAAACCGAGAACAAAUUAAAGGGUCCAUGCAAAAAUGUCCCUGUGAUAUUUCACCAAUUUUCAAACCUCACAAAACGUACAAAAUUUUUACCUGUGACUUUUUUUGGUAAGGAAACAUACUGUUAACACUUUCUCUAUGAUUUCCAUUUUAUUUACUAAUUAGCAGGACUCACAUGCAACUUAACAAUGUGUUUCUUUUACCAUGUAUAGGGUGGGAGCUGGGGGGGGGGGGUCCCUUGGGGGGGGGGAAAGGGGGUUUGUUGUUGAUGAUUGCAUAAUGGAUGGGUUUUUGCAUAUAUAAUUUGGAAAUGACACCCAAACCAAGGUGAAAUGUUUGCAGCAGUGUUUCUGUAGUGUAACUGUGUAACUUUGUAGCACUUUCCACAAUUACAAAAUUAUUGUAAGGAUUUUCUUGCAUGGAGGACUUCAUUAAUAAAGUAAUAAAAAGAAAAAAAAACAAAAAAACAAAUAGCGAAUUUACACACUUAUAUGGCAAUAUACUUACAAAUAUUAAACUACAUUACAGCAGUGCUAAUUCCAUAUAUUACUGUACUUAGUAUGAUAACCUACCAGUAGUUAAUAAAAUUUUAACCUGAAUAAAAUUUUGACCUGAAACAUUAAUUUAGAAGGUACCAUCAAACCAGGAUGAGUUCAUCCCUGUUGCUGUACCAGUGCAUGAGUUCAAUUCUAGUGAAAAAUCUUGCAACAACAUGUAUCUAUUUUCGCAGCAUUAUUCAAGUAAACUUCCGGUUGCUUAAUAUUAUUUUUUAAUUUUGCUUUGUAUUCUUUAGAGAAAGAUCGCUGCAAGAACUGUCAAGGCAGGAAAACAGUCAAAGAACGUAAAAUUCUGGAAGUUCAUAUUGACAAGGGUAUGAGAGACGGACAAAAAAUAACAUUUUCUGGUGAAGGUGAUCAGGAACCUGGUAUUGAACCUGGUGACAUUAUAAUCAUCCUUGAUGAGAAAGAGCAUCCAUUGUACAAAAGAAAUGAUAUGGAUUUGCGCAGAAAAAUGGUAAUUAUUCAUAACGGCAAUUCAGGUUAAUCAAGGUUUUAACCUAAAUCAAUGGAAAGGUCCCAUCACUUUUGACCUCCAUUGUAGUCGAGAUCUGGGUGUCCUGUUCUCUGGACUCCCAGCUUCUGAAGAAAAAUGAUAUUUAAAGAAACACAUCUCAGAUGAACUACUUGAUUGAGAGUUCAGUGGACAGCCAUUAUUAUUAGUAGUUGUAAUAAACACUAUUAUUAUUAUUACUAUUAUUAAUCUAUUAUUAAAGUUAAAUAAUUAUUAGCAGGGGAACUAUACAUGUACUUUUGAGUCGUGAUUUAAAGGCCAAAAUUAAUGGUUAUUAUUUGUUUUCUAUAGUUUUCACACCAGUGGUGGGCUUCUAAUCAACCCUUUUUAGCAAGUUUCAAAACAAAUCAAACAGAAUUUAUAAAAUCUAUUUUAAGUGAAUGAAAGGGAUUUUGGGGGUUAUCUGUUCAGCAUUAUUCUUUGAGAAUGAGCUAUUUUAUUUUGCAUCCUUUCCUUGUUGAUUAUAGUAAUUGUAUUCUUGUAAUAACAUGGAACAAUUUGGUUUAAUGCCCAUCAUAAUAGGCUGCGUAUCUUUGUUGUUAUUCCUUAACAGGAACUUGAACUGGUAGAAGCACUCUGUGGUUUUCAAAGAACAAUAGACAUGCUGGACCAAAGAAAACUAGUCAUUACAUCUCUUGCUGGAGAUGUGAUAAAACCAGGUGAGUUGGAAGAUGUUUUGUAGGUUACAUUAAAUUUUGUUCUUAUUCUAAACCAGUAAUCAACCUACCGGUAGGUUACCACAGUUAGAACCCCAGCAAAAAGCUAACCAGAAACCAUUGUACAAGCUGCUUAAGCCUGAAAAUGUAUUUUACCCACUGCAGAUGUAAUACUCCUGUUUAUUUACAGCUAACAUUAAUCAAGAACAGUGUGAAAACCAUCAAAUGAUCCUAUUCACUCUUUGCCCAAACCACUUCACUUUCUUGAGUUCUAAGCCUUUCUUUUUUGCUUUUUGUUUUCUUUGUUUUGUGUCAAUAUGCUAAUGCUGAUGUAAUGUUUUAAAAAUACUUGUGAUAGGUGACGUAAAGUGUGUCAUGAAUGAGGGAAUGCCAAGAUACAGAAGCCCAUUUGAGAAAGGCAGACUAAUUAUCACAUUUGAGGUAUGUGUACCACACAUUAUGAUGGUUACGAUGAUAUGAAGCUUACAAUACACAAGCAAAUCAGAUUAUUGGCACCAAGUAUAGGCAGUUAAACCACAGAAAUAAUAUGGCUCAUCGUUACUAUAAUAGUAUUGCAUUUAACUUGAAUCACCUUAGAGUAGGUUCAUCAUUAAACAGUUGAAAACUGUUCUGUGAAAUUUUACUUAACAUUAAUAAUUAUUACCUUAACAUUAUUGUUUAUAUACUAGCAAAAGAAAGAAAAAAGAGAAAAAAAGCUAAUUUGUUUCCACUUUCAAACCAAUUUUGUUUUUUUUUCUUUUUUUACUGAAGUAAAGUUGAAAACUAACCUACAGAUUAUGGUGCAUGUAGAAGUUAGAAUAGAAUUAAAAGCAGAAAAAAUCCUCGUGCAUGUGUUGGUUUGAGUUUUUUAUUAUCUUCACAACUAUCCAGCUUCUCUGAUAAGCUAUUCUUAUUCUAAAGGUUAAAUUUCCUCCUGAUGGCUUCAUCACACCAGCUUCCCUUUCUCAACUGGAGCAGCUCUUUCCGCCAAGGCAAGAAGUAAUAGUUCCUGAAGAUGCUGAAGAAGUCGACCUUGUUAAGUUAGAUCCCGAAGAGGAAUCCAGACGGCGCAGAAGUCAAGCGGUAAGAAACAAAUUAGUUUUUAUGUGAGAAUCACGAAUCAGUUACAGAGUUUGCACCUUAGUUGUGAAUGCAUUAGGAAGCAGGAGGGGGCACUCAAGGUACCUACAUAUACACUACUCCAAUAAAAAUCUAUCAACUGACGAGCUGCAGCUCUCUUUGACUCUGGAACCAACUACCAUUCAGGUUGUCAAAACUUCCCUCACUGUCCCAGUCAACACUCACUCAAGCGCUGUCCCACACAAGGGGAUGGGAAUGAGAUGGACUCUGGGAAGGAGCUUUUCUUUGUGGAACUCAACAUGGUGGUUAUGCAGGUGUACAUGUAUAACCUGAUUGAUUCCGGGCACUUCCCCCCAUCUUCAUUUAGUUUUAUUUUUUAACACUUUUGCUCUUUAUCUUAGAUAUUUGUCAGGAAACCCCUGAUAAACAUGUACACCGUACCAUGCAAAAGUAUCGCUGGAAAGACAUUGUUUAUAUAGCAGUUUAGAUCACAUUGCGUGCCUUAAUCUGACCUUUUGAUUGGAAAGGAUUAGCAACUCAACAAGUCUUGAAAUAAUGGUGAUGUAAUGAAAUAAGCCUUUACAUACCAUUGGCCAAAUUGCUCAUCAGGAGUUUUUUUCUUUCUAGGGAAAUGCUUAUGACGAGGAUGAAGACUAUGGUCACCCAAGGGCUGGAGUUCAGUGCCAGUCGCAAUAACAGUGGUUCUUUCACUGUAAUGACUGACUUGUCCACAGACAUCUCUGUUUAAUUUUUUCGCAUUCGCUACUUUAGAAAUGAGAAGUAAACUGGGCCAAGUUAAGAAAGGUCAAAGACUUCUGCAGCAUGCAAAGAAAGUGGUGUCCAGUAGCCCAGGGCUAGUGAAUUUUGUUAUCAGGCUAGUGAUUUUUGUUCUUAACUUGCCCAAGGGGUAAGUGCUGUUUUUUGGGGGGAAAAUUCAAAUUGCAGAAGGAUUGUAAUCAAUCCUGCUAAUCAAAAAGGGUUUUGGGGCUAGUUGAAAUGACUUGUGGGCCAGUGCAUGCUAGCUACAGCUUGCCCGAAUGGUAGGCUGUAAAACUGGUUUUCUUUGCACCCUGUUCUUUGAUUGUUACUAGGGACAGGGGAAAAAAUGGCGCAUCCCUAGCCUGCAAUCAGGCGUAUUUUGGAGCGCAAUGCAUGAUUUGUUUUCAGGAAUGACAUUGUCCCGCCAUCGUGGACAUUAAUACUACCAGAGAGUUAAGACGAGUCAAAAACUGAUUUUAAGGGAAAGGUUGAUAGGUUUAAAAUAGGGGCGGGGGAGGGGAGGAAAAAUGAUGCCAGAAAAAAUUGGGCGAUGCAUUUUGGUUCCAGUUCUCUUCUUGUUUCUAAAGUGGCAAAUUGGUACACAGGGUGUUGAUGGGAUGGAGGAAAUGAGUUAGGUCUUCUCCAUCACCCCCGCCCUGCUCAUGAUGUGCACGUUAUGAAGAUGGCUGAGGACUGGUCACUCACAAUUUUGUUUUGCUACAACUUAAACUAUUAAAGCCUGUUAAUUUCUUAUUCUUUAUGUGGAAAUGGAUUAAUAUCUCAAACUAUACUUCCAUCUGUGUACUGGUUAGAAAUAAAUACAUUGCAUUACUAUGCAAAAUAUUUGCUUCAGAGAUUUCACUUGAAUGGUAGCACCAUAGGAUCUGGUUUACCAAUUUUAAAGUUGCAGUGGCAAUGCAGGGUAGGAAUGAAGGAUUAACAAACAUAUAAAAGGGCGGGGGGGAUCGACUUCACUGCGGUGUAGUGAAAUUACUUUAGCAAAACAGUUUGCUUCUGUGCCUUUUGCUAAAUCAUAAUAAAGUGAACUUUUGCUGAUCAUGCAUGGACUAUUGCUACAGUGAACUAAACAAAAGAAUUUAUUUAUUAGUUCAGCCAAUAGACUGCAGUACUAAUCCAGUCAGCUAUACCUGGAUAAGGAUGCCACAAAUUAAUUUCAUUCUCUCUAUUCUUUUAUGAAUCAUUUAAGUUUCAAAUAUCUAGCUGUAGGAGUAUUUCACAGUAUGUUCUUUAGUUAUCCCAGUCCAGUUAGAUAUCUCGUACUUUUUUAAUAUUAUUUUAUAGAAACAACCAAGUGAACUGGUCAUAACUCACUUAGGAAGAUUAUCUCCAUGUAACAAUGUUUAGCUCGUGAUAUCAAAUAAAUUUGUCUUACCUGCAAACAAAAUAGUAUUACUUGCGAUCAUUUUGCCAUAACCGAAAGAAAUCUCAUGAUUGUGACCAUACAGCAGUUUUUGCCCGAAGCUAUUCAUAUAGUAUGCACAGCAUUUUCAAUAAUUUUGACUAAUUUCUCUGAUAUAUUAUUGAUUCGUUAAAAGUUUGGAAUGAGUUUGACAAAAGCAGUAGCUACUAAAGUGUUGUCCUUAGACAAACGUUGUUGAUCAUUGGGGACACCUAUUAGAUUAAAAUGAACAAGAAUAGCUGUCACGAUAGUGUUAUUGUUGCCUUUUUUGAUCUAUGUCCCUUUUGGCAUCAGACUUGGUGCUUUCAAUCACCAGUGCAAAUUUUUGGUGGAUAACUCCAAACCUUAAUGUAAAAUAAAAAAUCGGUUUUUGUUGUGUUCUCAACACGAUUUUCCACACUUUAUUUAUAUAAUUUUAUUUCUUAUCGUGAGACUCGCAUGUGGAUGUCUUUGUUUUAACUGUGAGGCUUUUUAUAUUUUUUCUCUUGGAAAAACGCAUACAAACUGUAGAAGAAGAAGCCAUAAGCAACAAAAAUUAAACGGGUGUUAAUAAAAGAAAUGAAAUGUUCUUUGCAGUUAAC